UUUCGCUUGGCAUUGUAAUCGGCAGAAAGAUACCGCGGGAUGAAGGCAGAGGUCCGACCGAGCCCGGAUGCGCCCAAGACGACAGCGUUCCAAGUCGGCAAGGUCGCCACGGACCCAUGGAAGGCUUCGUUCCAGGACGCCAGCAUCCGCGUCGGCGCCGGCGAGAAGGAAGAGUCCUACAUCCCUGUCCAGCUCGCACGGCAGUCGCUGCAGCGCGUGGUCGACGACAUGCACGAGAUGAAGGCGCGACAGCAGGAGAAGGUUCAAGCUAUCAUGGAUCGCUACGCGGCCAUUGAAGCGUCGACCAAGCAGCACUACGAAGCCUUUGUCCUCGACAUCAAGCGGCGAGCGCUCGAGCGCGUCCAGACCCAGAAGCAGCAGUACGCGCAGCUGCGGCUCGAAACCGACGCCGAACGUCAAGUGGCGACCGCUCGCAUCGAGAGUCUCGAGGCGAGUGCACGCGACAUGCACGACCGACAAGUCCAGAUGCUGGCCAUGUACCAGUCGGAGCGGGAGACACUGCUUCUGGACCAAGCGCUCGAGCUCGGGUCGCUCAAAAAAGCCUAUGAGGUCGAGCAGAGUCGACUGCGCGAACUGUGGUUGGCCAAAACGGCGACGUUGGAGCAGGCCCACCGGUGGCUGCACAUGCGCUCGGAAGACGACGCAGCGCGCUGCAUGGAGCUCAACGCGACGUUGACGACGGUCACGGCGACCGCCAAGCACCAACACAUGCACCAAGUGGCGAGUGCUCAAACCGACCAGGCGAUUGCACUGCACGUUGCGCAGGCCGUGUCGGAUUUGUGUUGGCAGGUGGCGCUGCUUCAUCGACCACUCGUCGUGCAUCAAAUGACGGCAACCGAUGCAGCGCCGUCGCCGCGGCCUCUGCCCGAGCCCAAAGAGGUCCUGUGCCAAGAGACGCAGACGAUCCUCGACCACGUCCAGAACGAAGCCUCCGAGGCGCAGACAGCCCUUGUCGCGGCCAAGGUACAGCCUUUAACGCAGCAUGAUGGCAUCGAUAUCUCGUGUUUCGAGCAGCGUUGCGAAGAAGCGUUGCGGCACCAGCUCCGAGCCGCCGAGCACACGCGCGACGUGUGCGAAUUGCAGAUCGUCCGUGACGUGCUCGACCAGCUCGUGCUUGAAACGGCCUGUGCACACGCAGAUUGGCUCGCGGAGUUUGAAGCGACCAACCACCGCGAACCAUCGAUUCAAGACAAGGCGCAGGUCAAAGACAUGUACAUUGCCUUCAAGCAAGCCGAAGAGCACUACAACCGGUCGCGAGAGCAACUCAACGCGCAAAAACAGCUCUAUGCGGCCAAGUUGGCCGAAGUCGAGACGCUCCAGUCGAGCCAAACGAUGCAGACCUUUCCCCACCACACACUGGUGGCCCACCUGCGCGCGGCGCUCGACGACACACAGCGACGGCUCGACGUUGCUUUGCACAAGCCCAUCACGCCGGCGCUGGUCGACCGUGGGGUCCGGGCAUCAUCGCCGCACAUUCCACCGCGCACCAACGAGACGAUGGCGGCGCUGCAGAAGCGGGUCGACGAGCUCUCCGCGCAGCUCCAAAUCGCACAAGCCAAUGCGCAGCUUCACGCAUCCGAGGCCAGCGAUCUUGGUACUAUGGCGGCUGCAACGCCACUACCAACGAGUACACCCGACGACUUUGAGAACGCUUCGACCGUGCACGCCACAGUGGAAGCGGCGUUGCAAGCCGCGCUGGACGACGCCCGGCACGCCCAAGCGGAUCUCCAGCACAAUGUCGACACCCUGCACGAACGCAUUCGCGCGCUCGAAGCCGACGCCGCGGUGCGCGCAACCGAGCUCGCCACAGGCACCUCCUGCACCGAGAGCGUUGCCGCCAUCAAGCAGACCAUCGCCGAGACCAAGACGCUCGUGGCCGGAAAGGCGGCGGUCGCACUGCGCAAGCAGCUCGAUGCCUUUGUCGUCCUGGCCGACGCCGAGCCGAUCGGCAAAGGCGGCAAGGACGAUGACGUCAACAGCCGCCUCUUGAACAAGAAGCUCCAGGACGCGGAAAAGAAGGCGAAAGCCGCGUUGGACGAGGCCGAGAAGCAAGCGACGCGGCGCAUUGCAAGCCUCACGAACGAGCUACAAGCGGCAACGACCAACGUGACAUCGCUGACGGCCAAGAUCGACGAGCUCAACGCCCAAGUGGCCGAUUUGAGCGCCAAAGCGACGCUGCUCAAUAACGUCCAAGGCGAAGUCGAGAAGCUGCGCCAGGACGCGGCUACGGCGGCCCAAACCGCCCAGGAGCUCUCGACGCUCCAAGGCGCCUUUGCCAAACUCGAAGAUAAUUACAAAGAAUGA